AAAGCAGAGUAAACAAACCUUCACGUUUACUCUACGCUACUAUUACUCAAUUUUUACGACUUAACUUUGGGAAUAUAUGAUAAUAAGGUGUAUGAGGAGUUCGCGGUGGGUUAUUGGUCGGAUCUACUUUUCGUCUCGAGAGCACAUUCCGCGUUCAGGUCGUCAUCAGGCUCUCGGUGACGUUUAUGGCGCCAGAAAUCAAGAGGAAAACGGGUGUUAUUUUAUAGACCUAUUUUCAGACAUAGACGUAGUCUCAGUCACCGAUUCGGUUGGGUUCAGUGAUAUGGUUCUAGCUACCGAAUAAGGUCGGUUUGUCAGUAAAUGAGCUGGUUUAGACUGUGAGGGAUAAGAUGGUGAUGCUACGCAGCAGCAGUUCAGGCGCCGAGCCGCCGAAGCGGGACUCUGACAUGGACACGAGCACCGAGUUUCUGUCGCUGCGGCGCGCGCAGAAAAAGUCCGCGCGCCUGCAGAAGGGCCUGGAUGACAGCUACAGCAGCGCCGAGAACAGCCCCACUAAUGGUUAUUUGUCUGCUAAAGAAAAAAACAGCAUGGAGAGAGGCGGCAUGAAGACCAGAGCCAAAUCAGACAAACAUGCUGUUUCUUUCGCCGAUGUGAGUAACAAACCGAACAGCUCUCCUCAGAAGGAUGAGAAAAGCAUGAAGCAUUUAAGGAAAUCUCCAAGAUUGCAAAAAGAUGAGAAGUCCGGUGACGAGAUUCACGUUGAAGAUGAGAUUGAUGGGGCAGCAGCCUCAAAAAAUCUUCGUGCGCGAUUACGAGAGAGAAAGGUGGACUGCAACGUGAGACGCAGCUCCAGAAUCACAAGAUACAAGUUUGACGCCAGGGAUCAAUCUGUCCUCUAUGACCGGCUCAUCACUAACACUGCAGAAGCUGUUCUUCAGAAAAUGGACGACAUGCAGAAAAUGCGCCGAAGACUGGGAAGCAGAGACUCUAAAAAGGAGGAUCUUAGAAUGUACUCUGGAUCCAAGAGAAAGAGAACCACAAGGUCCUCUGAGAGAACAGACGAGGAGAGUGCUGAUGAGCAAGAGAACGGCCAUGAUGAAUACACUGAUCAAGAGGAUGAAAAUGAAGAUGGAGAAGGCACUGGAGAAGAAGAGGAGGACAAUGACGAAGGUGACGAUGAUGACGACGAAGAGGAAGAAGAUAAUCAGAAACGCUACGAAUUCAGACAGAGAAAAGCUGUUGUACGCUACCAAGCUCCUCUCGAGGAGCCGAGGAAGCAGAGUAUAUUUUUCCGCCGGCACUCAACCCCAACCAGGCGGAGGUAUUCGUUCAGCUCCACAGCGCCAUGCAGUCCAUACAGCAGACGCAGAAGUAGCAGUUUUGGGAGAAUUGAACCUGAUGGACGAAGACAUGCCAUCCACAGUAGCGACUCAACCUCCUCGUCUUCAUCAGAUGAUGAGAAAUUUGAGAGGCGGAGGAGUAAGAGUCGGAACAGGUCAACAAACAGAUGUCUGCCAAUGAACUUCCGGAAAGAGGAUCUUUUGGGAAUCCACAAGGACCGAAUUAAGAUCGGAGCAAGUCUUGCAGAUGUUGAUCCAAUGCAGAUUGACCAGACGGUGCGCUUUGACAGUAUUGGUGGUUUGAAUAGACACAUCUCUGCUCUAAAGGAGAUGGUGGUCUUUCCUUUGCUCUACCCUGAGGUCUUUGAGAGGUUUAAGAUUCAGCCUCCAAGAGGCUGCCUGUUCUAUGGUCCUCCGGGCACUGGGAAGACUCUGGUGGCACGAGCGCUGGCCAACGAGUGCAGUCAGGGGGAGAAAAAGGUGGCCUUCUUUAUGAGGAAGGGAGCUGACUGCCUCAGCAAAUGGGUGGGAGAAUCGGAAAGACAGCUCCGACUCCUCUUCGACCAGGCAUAUCAGAUGCGUCCAUCUAUUAUAUUCUUUGAUGAAAUUGAUGGGAUUGCACCUGUUCGUUCUAGUAGGCAAGAUCAGAUCCACAGCUCCAUCGUGUCCACUCUGCUGGCUUUAAUGGACGGACUGGACAGUCGUGGUGAGGUGGUCGUGAUUGGAGCCACUAACCGGCUGGACUCCAUAGAUCCUGCGCUCAGACGGCCCGGACGCUUCGACAGGGAGUUUCUGUUCAGCCUUCCAGACAGAGAGGCUCGUAAAGACAUUUUAAAGAUUCACACACGACAGUGGGAUCCGCAGCCAUCAGAUGCAUUCCUUGAGGAACUAGCUGACAAGUGUGUUGGUUACUGCGGCGCAGACAUUAAAGCAGUGUGUGCGGAAGCAGCCCUCUGUGCCCUGCGCCGCCGCUACCCCCAGAUCUAUAGCUCCUCGCAGAAGCUCCUUUUGGAUGUCGCAUCUAUCAGCGUGCAAGGUCGUGACUUCCUGUCUGCCAUGAGGAAGAUUGUGCCUGCAUCCCAGCGGGCUGUGGCGUCCCCGGCCAAAGCCCUGACACCUGUCAUUCAGCCCCUGCUGGCUAACACACUCAGUGAUGCCAUGAAGGCCCUGCAGAAGGUUUUCCCUCAUGUGGAACAGGGCGUCAAGAAGAAGAAGGACAACAACAAUUGUGCGGGUGGCGUUUUAGACGAAUUGCUGCACAGUGAUGAUGAUGCCUCUGCUAUGUGCACUAGUAAUCCUGCCCAGACUAAUACGGGCCCAACUGGCUCCUUUCUCCAUUUAACCAAGAGUGCUAUCCAGGAGCCAACCACGUUUAGGCCCCGGCUGCUGCUCUGUGGGAAUUUGGGCUCAGGGCAGAGCACACACCUGGCCCCUGCAAUGCUGCAUACCCUGGAGAAGUUUACUGUCUACACACUGGACAUGGCGGUGCUUUUCGGGGUCAGCACUACCAGCCCAGAGGAGGCGUGUGCACAGCUGUUCUGCGAGGCUAAGAGAACAGCUCCAAGCAUUCUGUACAUACCACACAUGCAGCGCUGGUGGGACACGGUGAGCUCUGCACUCAGGGCCACCUUCCUCAGCCUCCUGCAGGACAUCCCAUCCUUCUCGCCCAUUCUCCUCCUCGCCACGUGCAGCCUGCCGUAUCACAGCCUCUACACAGAGGUGCAGGAUCUGUUUCGUAUUGAGUACGGAGAGGUGUUCAAUGUCCCGCUUCCCACUAAAGAGGAGAGGCACAAAUUCUUUGAGGAUCUCAUUCUGAACCAAGCUGCCAAAGCUCCACUAUCUAAAAGAGAAGCAGUUCUCCAGGCUCUGGAAGUUCUCCCAGUGGCCCCUCCACCUGCUCCUCGCCAGCUGUCUGAGCAAGAGCAGCAGAAAUUAGAGGAACAGGAAGAGGACACACUCAGGGAACUCCGCCUCUUCCUGCGUGAUGUCACUAACAGACUCGCUCAGGACAAGCGCUUCAAGGCCUUCACAAAGCCAGUGGACACUGAGGAGGUUCCCGAUUACACUACAGUCAUUAAGCAGCCCAUGGACCUGUCCACAGUCCUCAGCAAAAUCGACCUACACAAAUAUGUCACUGUGAAAGACUACCUUUACGAUGUGGACCUGAUCUGGAAGAAUGCUUUGGAGUAUAAUCCAGACACCGAUCCCUCAGAUCGCCUGAUCAGACAUCGUGCCUGCACACUCAAGGACACUGUUCAUGCCAUCAUCAAAGAUGAACUGGACGAAAACUUUGAAAAGAUUUGUGUUGAGAUCAAGGAGUCCCGCCUGAAACGAGGCUGUACAUCAUCCAGGUUUACGCCUUCGUAUUACCAUGUUCUGCCAAAAGUUCCGGCAUCAUCGGAGCCAAAGACUAGUGAGAGUGGCCCUUCCAAAGAUGUGGCCCCUGUUACAACAACAGUGACUACACCAAAACAACCAGCUGUACAGAAGAAAAGGAGGCGCAGGAGGCUCUGGAGCAAUGGGCUUAUGCGCCGUAAGAAGUCCACACAGUCACACACGAAAGACUCAAAUGGAGCCGAGUCAGAUGAAGGUGAAGACGAUGACGAGGAUGAAGAUGAGGGAAAAACAGCAGAGAGGGUAGAAGCAGAGCAAGAUGUAAAUGAGUCUGAACAGAUGGAUGUGGACAACAAGGAGAAUGGUCCUACUUCGACAGAGGACAGGAGCGAAAACCUGGAAGCUGUGCACAGCCACAACGGACACAUCAGCAGUGCGGAAGGAGAUUGCACCGAUUCCUCUGUGGAUGGGAUGCAGAAUGGAAAAUCUUCUCCUGGAAUUCUGGAUGGAGAGAGUGGAAACAAUGGUGAGGUCCAACCAAUGGAACACACAAGUGAUAAGAGGGUGGAGCCUAGUGCAGAGGAAGAUGCAGGGAUAGAGAAAGGGAUGAGACGUAUGACCAGAGGCUUAAAGUUGCAGGCUCAGCAGCAGAAGCUGCUCAGUGUGAACACUGCCAUGAAGAUCCUGGAGCAGACGAGCCAGCCACUCAUUGUGGAUCACAACAAGCUAAAGGAUCUUUUGCAGAAAGUGGUUGUCAAGACUGAGGGUUACGAGGUUGACCGUCUAGAGAAGCUUUACGCUCGUUUGUGCCAGAGCAUCUACAGACACAGGAAAAACCACGACAAGACUGCACUUGUACAGGAGAUGGCAAAGGAAGUGGAGGAGUUUUCAUAGUUUACUUAAACAGUGCAACUAAUAUUCCUGCAUAGUUCUAAAUUAUAUUUUACUACAGUGAUUAAAAACCUGAGUGAUGUAUAUUUCUUAUAUAUUCCUGUUAUAUUAAAAUUUUUGUCAGCA